AUGUACUCUAUAAUUGGCUUAAGAACAACAACAACAAAGUUGGUGAUUAAUAGAGUUGUUGGUAGCACUACAACACGUCACUACACUUCAAAUAAUAGCAAUAACUCGACAGAGGGUAGACAACAGAAUGAGGAGGUGGAGAAGGAUUGGUUCAAACCAAACGAUAGAUUGAUAAAGUAUCAUCAUGAUAUCACAACAACGAGGAAACAACCACAUGUUGUCUACUUGGAGGGUCCAAGUGGAUCGGGCAAAGCACAGCUUCUUGAGAGGAUCGACAAGCUUGGCUAUCAAACACUCUGCACACCAUUCCUAUCAUUCAGUCUUGAUCACAAUGGUGCCGAUGUCUCUACAUCAAUCACAUCACUUCAAAGCAGUUGGGAUCAACUCAUUGAGCAAAGGAUAACAGAGAUAAUCAAAUCAAAGCAACAACUAAAGAAUGAUAUGUUGUUUGUACAUCGUUCACCAAUCAGCUCGGUUAUAUAUAGUGCACUGAUGCGUGGAGAUGAUCGAUUGAUCAAAGCAACGACAAUGUUGGUUGAUGGACUUAGUGCAGAACGUGGCAACUCAAUCAUUUACUGCAAGACACCAAUAGAGUUGAUUGAACAGAGAGUUGAAGGAAGGUAUCACUUCUACGACGACAAUCAAAAGGCAAUCGUUGAUAGACUGCACUCAAAGCAAUACCUUCAAAAGUCAGUGGAAAUGUACAAUGCAUUGGAGUCACAUAGCAACGUGAUCCGAGCGACACUGGACACGACAUCGAUCAAACAGGCCUGUCCAGGUUUGCUGGCACUCUUCAACAUCUACUUCACGCCAUCAGCAUCCUUCCAAACACUUCUGAACAACAGACUCAAGGAGAAGAAGUGA